AUUUGAUAUUUGACCAUGAAAAUAACAACAGCAAAACAAUUUGAAAUUUUGGUUUCCGAAAUGGAAAAAAAUCCAUGUUUGGCAAAAGGGUUUACCAAAGGUCAUGUUCCAGCUAAUUUUAAAUCAGAUUGGGAAUCCAUUGCUACAAAAUUAAAUGUAAACGGGCCUCCGAUUAGAGACCCCGAUGGCUGGCAAAAAGUUUGGAAAGAUUUAAAAUUUAAAACUAAAAAGAAACUUGUGCACAACAAGGGUGAAACCAGCAGCACUGGAGGUGGCAUUUUUAAGCAAAUGAUUUUGUCGCCUUUGGAGGAGUCUGUAGCGAAUAUAAUGCAGUUUCUAAAGUUACUGAAUCCACCAGGUCGUGCACUUGGAAUAGAAAAUAACGAAAACAUAAGUGUAAUAGACGUUAUAGUUAAUGAAAAUGAGCAAGUGGACAAUGUUGAUGACGAAGCUGAUGUAACAACUUUUGAAGCUUCUCGAUCGUCCAGAAAAAACAAUAGUAGAAAGUCAACAAGAAAAGAAGAAACUAUUGAACUCUUGAAAGAGCAGUAUUAACUUUUGGUACAACACAAUCAAGAGAGCCGUAAAAUCUGGAACGACAUUAAUAAUAAUUAAAAAGAAAAUGUGAGAUACCAACGCAAGCGCUUCCAGAUUGAAGAAGAACGCCAUAAAAUGUUAAAAGAACAAUUUAAGCGGGAUGAAGAGAUCAGGGAUCUAAAACAUAAAAUUAAAAAAAGGAAACUUGAAGUUAUUGAACUGCAGCUGGCGGAAUUAAAAAAUUAAUAGGUUAAGAAGCUCGUGGAAUUAAGAGAUCUCAUUUAUAGUUAUUAUUCAAAUUUAAAAUCAUGAAAUGAAUUUAUAGUUUAAGAUAUUUUUAAUGUUUAUGCG